AUGGAUAAAGCAAGAAAAAUUGCUAUUAUUCCAAUCAAGAAUGCAAUAAGAAUAACAACAAGUAUUAUAACGGCUGUGGGUGGAUUUUCGGAUGUUGUUGUUUCUGAGGUAACAAAAUUUUGUGAUGUUGUUGUUACAGGUGAUGAAGGUUUAUUUGUAAUAGUUGUUUGCCGAGUUAAUAUUAGUGGAGAAUUUACAUAUGAAUUUACAUAUGAAUUUACAUAA